AUGUCUUCUUCGAGCUCGUCAUCCGACGGUGUUCUUGUUGAUAUGGUUACCGCCAUGGCGCAGGAGGCGAUUAAUUAUUUGCAAGAAGCCGAAUCCUCUGCAUCGCGUACCAGACAACCGCCUAUUGAACGAAAUCGGUUAGCUGCUCAUGAACGUCUAGUGCAAGAUUAUUUUUGUGAAACUCCCGUGUACGAUGAUGAUCAGUUUAAGCGUAGGUUUCGUAUGAGCCGACGACUAUUCGUUAAAAUUUCCAAUGAUCUUGCGGGUGAAUCCCCUUUUUUCACGCGUAGGGUAAGUGCAAGUGGCAAGGUUGGUUUCUCUGGACUACAAAAGUGUACGGUAGCAAUUAGGCAACUAGCGUACGGCACAUCGAGUGAUGCGUGGGAUGAGUAUUUAAGGAUGUCGUCAAGAAUGUGUCGUGAGUCUCUUGAAAAUUUUUGUGAAGACGGUGUUGCACCAGAUACUUCAUUCUAUGCAAACGACGUGCAGUAUAAAUAUGGCUAUUAUCUCACAGACGGUAUUUAUCCCGAGUGGGCGACGUUGGUAAAAAGUCCCUCGUGUCCAGAUGACGAAAAAAGAUUGUAUUUCAAGAAAAAACAAGAGUCAGCAAGAAAAGAUAUCGAGCGGGCUUUCGGUGUGUUAAAGAAAAGAUGGUCUAUCAUCACCCAGCCUUCGAAGAUACUUGAAAAAAGUAAAAUGAGAAACGUUAUCUAUACGUGUAUCAUUUUGCAUAACAUGAUAUUGGAGGACUCUGGUAGAGCAUUUUGUGGAGAAAGCUAUGAUGAAAGUAUCCAACCGACAAACCCAAUACUAACAUACGCUGAGAAAGAAGAUAUCCGAGCAAAGAUACGGGCUAGGCACACACACCAAAACCUUCGAGCCGAUCUGACAGAGCACCUAUGGUUUUAUCUGAACAAGGAGGACUCGGCACAGACGGCGAGUAGUGGUUUUAUUUUUUAA